AUGGCUUCACUCCGUCCCUUUAACACCCACCUCUCCAUCAUCAUCGUACUCACCUUCCUCACCGUCUCCGGCAUCACAUUCUCCGAUGACGCCGCUGUAAUGUCCAACCUCCUCGCCGCCAUUUCUCCCGCACCCAGCAACUGGUCAAACUCCACCCACUACUGUUCUUGGACCCACGUCACCUGCGACGACGACAAUAAUGUCAUCUCCAUCAAAAUCGACUCGCUCUCCAUUUCCGGCCAACUCUUCUCCGGGAUCACACAACUCUCCUCCCUCAUAAACCUCUCCGUCUCCGGGAACUCCCUCUCCGGACCCUUACCUUCUUUCGCUAACAUGCCCAUGCUCGAAGACCUCCGCUUAGACGGCAAUAACUUCAGCUCAGUCCCCUCGGAUUUCCUCUCGGGUCUUCCCCGUUUGAAGAGUUUCAGCGUUUCUGAAAAUCGAAACCUUAGUUCCUGGAAAAUUCCUACGCACCUGAACCGAAGCGCUAAUUUGGUUUCUUUCAACGCCAGCAACGCCAAUGUUUUUGGUAUCAUUCCUGAUUUCUUUGAUUCUUUCCCAAAACUCGAGAAUGUGAUAUUAUCCUUCAACAAUUUAACCGGGUCACUUCCCGGGUCGUUUUCGGGUUCCAAUGUACGGAUAUUGCGACUGGAUAACCAGCAGCUAGGGCUCUCCGGUACUAUUAGCGUGCUUUCCUCCAUGACUCAACUAUCCCAAGUAUGGCUCCAAGGGAAUGCCUUCACGGGUCAGAUUCCGGACCUUUACGGGCUCCAAAAUCUCUCCGAUUUGCGCCUUGAAGACAACCGAUUAACCGGAUUUAUACCCGAUUCGUUGCGGAAUCUGACGGAAAACAGAUUACGAACUGUUUUUCUGCAGAACAACAAGUUACAGGGCCCAAUUCCCCAAUUUCAGUUCCAGUUCCAAUUCCAAUUCCAAAUCCAGGUAAAUCUAGGGAAUAACAGUUUUUGCAGGGAAACUCCGGGGGAUUGUGACCCGCAGGUCAAGGCGCUUCUCAAUAUGGCUGCCGAGCUCGGCUUCCCGUUAACCCUAGCCGAAUCCUGGACUGGGAAUGAUCCUUGCAGAAAAUGGAGAUUCAUUAGUUGCGAUGUGCAGGGGGAGGUGACCACUCUGGAUCUGGAAAAACAACGAUUUUCAGGUAACAUUUCGCGGAUUUUGCUGGCUUCCGCGAAAUUGACUACAUUGAGGAAAUUGUAUUUGAAUGACAAUAAUCUUACCGGCUCGAUAUCGGAGAACUUGGCCAUUCUGAAUCUGCUACAAAUUCUUGACGUGUCUGAUAACAAUUUGUCCGGCUCCGUACCUGAUCUUCCCGAUUCUUUACGUUUCAAUGGCCAUGGAAACCCAUUGCUUCGAAUGAAUGCGUCGAAUUUAGCCGGCAAAAUUGCCGGUAUUGUUCUAGCUGUUCUUGUGCCUGUUAUUGUGCUCGUAUUGUUCGUCUCUUACAGGUUCUACGCCAAACGCCUAAUCAACGCAUCUGGCCGGACGGCGAGGAAUCAGACGACUACGGUGAUUACCGGUACUGGAACUGGAACUGGAACGGGCACUAUAUUCCCCAUCCAAGUUCUUCAAAAAGCCACCAACUAUUUCAGCGAGGAGAAUGUGGUUGGGAGCGGAGGAUAUGGAGUGGUUUACAAGGGUGAAUUAGACGAUGGAACUAAGAUCGCUGUGAAGAAGAUGAAAGAUGGGGCAAUGAGAGGAUUGAACGAAUUCCAAGCAGAAAUCUCGUUUCUUGCCAAAGUUAGGCACAGGAAUUUGGUGUCACUGCUUGGUUACUCCAUCAAUGAGAGUGAGAGGAUUUUGGUGUACGAGUAUAUGCCACAGGGAACUCUGAGCCAUCAUCUCUUUCAAUGGCAAAACCAUGGCUUUCAUCCUCUAACUUGGAACCAAAGGGUAACAAUUGCAUUGGACGUGGGAAGGGGGAUUGAGUAUCUCCAUAGUUUCGCUCACCAGAGUUUCAUUCAUAGAGACAUAAAGCCUUCUAAUAUUCUUCUUAGCGACGACAUGAGAGCUAAGGUUGCGGAUUUUGGAUUGGUCAAAAUGGUUCCCGAUGAUAAAAAUUUUGUUGAGACACGAAUGGUUGGAACGUUCGGCUAUCUUGCACCCGAGUAUGCUGUUACAGGACGAAUCACGGCAAAAGUAGAUGUUUACGCAUUUGGAGUUGUGUUAAUGGAGAUAAUUACCGUUAAAAAAGCAUUAGAUGAAACGGUGCCGAACGAGACGUGUCAUUUAGUCACGUGGUUUCACAAAGUUAUUAGUAAAGGCCACAACUUUAAAAAGGCUAUUGAUCCGACUCUUGAUCAAGAUGAACAAACAUUUGAGAGCAUUUCUAAGGUUGCGUUGUUAGCGGCACACUGUACUGCCAAGACAUCAUAUCGGCGACCGAAUAUGGAACAUGUUAUAAACGUCCUCGGUCCUCUUGUACAGAAGUGGAAGCCUUUGAAACUCGAAGAAAUUGGGGAAAGAAAUGGUGGCCAUAACCUUCACUUGAGCCUCCCUCUCGAGUUUGAUGACUUAUCCACUCAAAAUUUGUCCUCCACAGAUGAUAAAUUUUAUGGAUAUCGUCCCAACCAGAGUGCACGAUUUUAAUUUACUGAAAAGUUCUAAUUUAUUAAUUUUUUUUUUAAUAUUGUUGACUCUAUUUUAGUGUAAUAUCUGUUCAAUAUACUUUCUCAGUCAGUUGUAACCCAAAGAGUCAACAUCCUACCAUGGAGUUCGAUCCUGUAACUUUCUUUCAAGGAGAGUCACAAAGGUGUCAAUUGAGUACAAGGUAUUUGGCCUAA